UUCAACAAAUCGGUCGAAUUCAAGUGGAUUAUCUUUCAUUAGAAAAUGUUUUCGCGGAUCGAAUUAGGAUUAGUUUUGUUGCUGAGCGUAAUAUGUUCGAUUGUGGCAGUAAACGAAAAAAGUUGGUUUGGUCCUGAAUUUACAAUAUUACGACGAGUUUAUACUGAGUGUCAAGUUAAAGAUGAUUUCACGGGAUGUUUAAAACAGAAGGCCUUGGCAGUGGUUUCGCGAGCGAUAAAUCAGGAUGUGAUUCGUGUGGUGGAUGGCGUUUCCUUUGAUAAGCAAAAUUCUUCCUCAAAGGAAAGUAUGCUGGACUCGGCCGAUCUUCGAGCCUUAAGUGAUUUAUCAGCAUUAGAUCGAGCACUUUUGCAAAAAAUCGACAAAUUUCUUCAAACACAUGUGUUGACAGUGGAUAUGAAUGAAGGACGAGGUAAAGAUAAGGAUAAGAAGAUGCAGAAGUAUAUCGUAGCGGCACUAUUGACCGCUAUGGGUAUUGCUGGUCCAAUUGGUCUGAAAGCGCUGGCCGCUGUCGCAGGAAAAGCAUUGGUUAUAAGCAAAGUGGCACUUACGAUUGCUGGAAUUAUUGCUUUGAAGAAGAUCUUUGCCAGUGAACAUCAUGAGGAAACAAAUUUCCAAGUUCAUGCUGGAGACCAUAACAGGAGAAACACAUUUGUCGUAAGGCCGGUUAAACCAAGUCCACAACCAGUUGAUCCAUACCGAUAUUAUUAUGAGUAUCCAGCGCACUGAAUUUAAUUAUAGUGAAUAAUUCUACAUAAUCCUAAUGUUCUCCGUGGGUACUAAUCAUUAUUAAAUUGCUUUUACAAUGUCUAUGAACGUACAGCUUCGAAGCCCAAAGAUGCCCAAUCCAAUGUAUUUCAAAUCGUUUAGUUAAUAUUUAUUGUAUUUCCU